ACAAAAACACCGGAAGUACAUGUUUCCAAGCAACACAAGGGCUCGGCAACAAGAUGGGGAGCAUACCAGAUCAAACUGUUGCAGAAAAAAUUAAAAGUAAAAGAAUAUUUAUAAAUCAUGUGGACCAGUAUCAGGGAAAAAACAUGGCAAUGUUUUUGUCAACCUGUGUUGUUGGAGCAUCACUGGAAGAAGCCGAGGAAGAAGAUGAUGCUCGUUCAACAUCCAGCUCAGUGAUCCCAGUACCAAAAGAAGGCUGCUAUGAAAUCAUUGGCACUCUCAAGAACAGAGAAGCUAAGAAGCCAGAUUGGGUCAAAGAAGUUAUACUGUUUGAGAACAAGAAUCAGCUGUAUGAACACCUGGUGGAAUGUGAAGUUAUUGUGUAUGACAUCACUGAGGACCCAGACCAGAUAGACGAGGCUGUGUGGGCAGUUUCAGAAUUACAUUCGGAUCUGGAGAAACUGGAUAAGCCAAAAAUGUUCAUACUGAUAUCAUCCAUUAUGACAUGGGCCAAAAGUAAACCCUUAGAUCCAGAUGAUCCUGAGAUUCCAUUCACAGAAGAUGACUAUCGAAGAAGGAAACCUCACCCAAACUUCAAGGAGCACACCAGUGCAGAGAAAACUGUCAUAAAACUGGGCAAAACAAACAAAGCUAAGCUUGUGACAUAUGUUGUGUGCUCUGGUCUUACUUAUGGAGCCGAAGAAAACAUUUUCCACUAUCUUUUCAAGUCAGCAUGGCACAAUAAAUCACAGCUUCAGUGCUUUGGAAAUGGUCAGAAUAUUGUGCCAACUAUUCACAUCAAAGAUCUUGCAGGUGUUAUUCAAAAUAUUGCUGACUCAAGACCAAAGGUUCGAUACAUUAUUGCCAAAGAUGAUGGACAGAACAGUUUGGAGGAAAUUGUCAAGACCGUAAGUACAGAGCUUGGUUCAGGAAAAGUUGAGUACAUCACAAAGGAAGAAGCUCUUCUUAAUAAGGACAUUGAUCAAGCUGACUUUGACCAGCUGUUAGUCAACCUGAGGAUGGAUGCUGUCUACGUCAAAGAGAACAUGCGUGUCAACUGGGUUUCUGAAACAGGCAUGGUUGAAAACAUAAAGAAUAUUAUCAAAGAAUACAAAAGUACUCGCAAAUUACAGCCAAUACGAAUAGCGAUCCUUGGAUUCCCAGCAUCAGGAAAGUCAACAGUGGCCAAACAGCUGUGUGACUACUUUAAACUGCAUCAUAUCAAGAUCAAGGACGUCAUUGAUGAUGCCCUGGAAUCCUUGCAAGCGAAGGCUCGACGAGCUGAUUCUGAGGAGGCGGAGGAUGAUGACGGGUCUGCCGUGGAGGCGCAGGAACUGCUCGAUCAGAUAGCAGAGAGCAAGGAGAACAACGCCGGCCGCAUUGACGAUCAGUACAUUAUCCGCUUCUUCCGCGAAAAGCUGCACUCCAUGCCGUGUCAGAACCAAGGAUUUAUUCUUGACGGUUUCCCCAAGACACAAGAACAAGCCAAGGAAUUAUUUGCUAAUGAAGAGGAUGAAGAGGAGGAAACGUCAAAGGAAACCAGCUACGACCAGACCAUCAUGCCGGAGUACGUGGUGUGUCUGGAGGCCACGGACGAGUUUCUCAAACAGCGGGUGAUGAAUCUUCCUGAGAGCGUUGUCAGCGGCACACACAACACGGAGGCUGGCCUGUUGCGCCGCCUGUCAGAGUACAAGACUCUCAACACAGAAGAUGACACCGUCCUCAACUACUUUGAUGAGCUCGAGAUUCAUCCUCAUAAAAUAGAUGUAACCAAAGACACUUCAGAAAUGAUGCAGGGCACCGUAGAAAAAUGCAAGAAAAUCAUUGGCAAACCUAGGAAUUAUGGUCCAACACCUGAGGAGUUGGAAGAAAUGAAACGUAAAGAAGAAGAAGAGAGACUGAAAAAGGAAGAAGAUGAGAGGUUGGAGAAGGAGAGACGAGAGGCAGAGGAGGCAGCCGAGAAAAAGCGAAGACAAGAAGAAUGGGUCGAGAGACUGACCGAAGUGAGACGCGAGGAAUAUGAGAUGCUGGAAGCGAAGUCUGUUCCAUUACGGAACUUCCUCAUGAAGCACGUCAUGCCAACCUUGACUCAAGGCCUCAUCGACUGCUGCAAGGUCCGACCAGACGAUCCCAUUGAUUAUCUUGCAGAAUUUUUAUUCCAAAAUAACCCACAAGUGGACUAAAGUCAACAUUUCUUCUAUGUGAAUGAAGUUAUUGAAAACAUACUUCAGAGGGAGCUGAAUGACAGAGUGGACUACAUAUGACAGAGAUUUUAUUUCCGUUCAGUAAAAUGGUUCAUGUUUCCACCAUGGAUGGAAUUUCAAGAACUGGAUACAGUAAUGAAGGAGGUGAAAAAUUGGGGCUCAAGACAUGUUAUGUAUUCUCAUUUUCAUCAAUGUAAACUGAGUGUAACUUUAUCAUGCAACUAAGCAUAUAUUAUUCAAGUUAUAAAAAUUGAACAGUUUGUUUUAUAGUCUUAAGUAAUAAAGGCAUUAAGUUGUCAUUUCACAGUUGAAGCUUGCAUAAGCAUCACUGUCAACUUGGAUAAGAUUGACAUUGGGUAGUGUCAAAAUAUUGCAGUACAAGUAUUAUGUUAUCCGUGUACAUGUAUGUGUGUAAAUCAUUAUUUAUGUACAUUUAGUAUUAGGAAUAUCAAUGUUACUUGUACAUGUUUAACUGCUGGUAUUCAGGAUAAAUUACAAGUGAUCUUUAACAUCAACAAAUCUUUGAGGUGUGUUAUAUUUGAUAGAAAUUAAAAUUUCUUUUUGAAAUUAUGACAUUUUAUGUUGAAUGGAAAUAAUAGUAUUUUCCCCAUUUUUUCUCUCUACUGACAUUUUGGUUUAUUUUUGCAAAAUAGGUAUAUCAUUUUACGGAGUUCAACCAACUUUGCUUUAACCCUCAAGUGUCCUUAUGGUAAUAACUUUUGCUUCGAAAUGUUGUUACCCUUCUCCCUGUGUAUUGUUUUAUACCUUUGUCUUAUUUUAUACCCAUGUAGAAACUGUCAAGUGUCAUUAUUUAUUUGCCCAUGUCUGUGAUAUUUUGAUGUUUGUCUUAGAAUUGAGUUUAUUAAUAAUAUAAACAUACAAUAUUUAA